CACAGCGGUCGCAGUUUCGCUUGAACGCCAGAGUCGCGCGCGCGUUCACCGAUGAUACCAGCCGGUCGCUCUUCACAACGGCAACGCGCAGUCAACCGCCCGUAUCACAUCUGCGGAGCCACAGCCUGUAACCUUCCUACGCUGUUCACAGGGACGAGCACUUUGACCCCCGUCUGAGCUUAAACGGAAGUGACUUCAAAAUUUUUCUUUCGGACGGAAACGACGUGAAGUUGGUUGUGGUCAAGCGUUCGACGUGUUUGGCGUCGGUGAAGUGUUGACAGAGAGAGAGAAAAAAAAGUGCAGUGACGUUUUCGAGUUCAAGGUCCUCAUCUGCCAGAUGACAUGUUGGACUUAUCAGGAGGGCAGUGCGAUGUGUUAUCACACUUUAUAUCGCGAUAUCUCAUCAAUGAUUGAAGCUCCGUCCGAGAGUCGAUAAGGUUCGACGUAAAAUCUGGACGAGUGGUUUUAUAGAUAGUGCAGUGUCCGCUAGAGAUAGAAACCAUUCAUUGACAAGGCAUCGCACACGGUCAGGGGACAGUGUCUUUUCCUCGCAUCUCUGUGAAGGUGCAUUAUUUGAAGCGAUUUACAAGCGUUGACAGCGUAAGUUGUCAAGCUUUGAAGACUUAGUCAAACCUCUGCUCGCUUCCCACAAUGCCUGUUUUGCGUCUCGUGACGUUCGCGUACCUCCUGCGUUGAUGAUCUCGACUUCGCAAGUGAAAUGCAGCGCCAUGUCAUCUAGCAUGUUAUACGCGACGAUAGGGUUACUCCACCUGAUCUGCUCCGUCCGAACAUCCCGCGCCGAAGAGUCUUUUCGCGACAUUCACGCUUCCGAAGAGCACUUCGCAUGGACCGGAAGAUAUGGGUACCAGGUAUGGUGGCCACCGUCGUCCACCAGAAAUGUCGAAGUACCCCGAGACUUUCCGCCGAAGACACCGUUCUUUAGGCCUUAUGCGGUCGUCUUUCCAAGUACCUCGCCGUCGGACACAUCGGGCAAGACGAAUCAUGCAGGGACCUCCAGGCCAAACAUCACCUACAACAUCGUAUCUGUGAAAAGCCGGGGAGAGCUCACCCUUCAGGAGGACUUCGAGGACCUGUUCUUGCUGGAUCCAGAAACGCAAACUCUGAUGCUGAACCGUUCGUUGCAGGACCACAGCGUUACUGAGUUCAUCGUGACCCUGGAGGGCAGUAUUGGAGGGGAAAAUGCGAAGUCUUGGUCUCUGCUCGUGCGCGUAGGAAGCAGGAACUGCCAAACGAAUCCCCGGAAGGCGUGCUUUCUUCAGAGGCACUACGAAAUAACCAUACCCGACACGAUACCGGCCAACACUACGCUGGAAACGCUACGGCCCGUGCUCAGUGACGUACUUUGUCCGGGCCUCCAGCUUCGUUACGGCGUCCAACAAGGCAGCGAUUUCAUAUCCGUGGAUGAGACCGACGGCACAAUCCGCCCCGAGACCGCUCUCAACUGGAACGACCCAUCCAUGAGAGUCCAAGACUUGAUUGUGCAGUGCAACGUCACCAGAGGAAAGUCUGUGACGUCAUCACAAGAGGUUGGCGUGGCGAUCCGCUUGCAAGACAUCGACGACAACCCCCCUAGGCCGCAGCACGAGAAGAACUUGUUCUGCUCCACGAGGGUCCUUAAGCUGGACAAGAAUGCGAAGCUCGACUGCGAAAUCAGCGUGCUCGACGCUGACUCCUUGAAAGCGAACAAGUUUGAAGUUCAAGUGGUCGAUGAUCCGCUUGGGUUGUUCACCGUGCGGGAUCCUCCAACCAUCCACUUUGUGAGGGAGCACGGGCAAACAUUCCUAGCCGCAGAAAUCUAUCCCAAGUCGUCAGAUGCGACGUUUCCGGGCGUUUCUUAUUCUUUCAAAGUUGUCGUAGAAGACGUCGGCUUGGUGACCCGGGAAGAUAACAACAAGGUGGUUUUCGAGAUUGAAGUCGUGAACGCAACCGUGGCGGAAGAACCCCUGGAAUUACGGCCUGUCUACAACGCGACGGUUUCUCGGAGAGCUGCACUAUUUGCGCGGGUGACUCCAGCGUUGACAAGUCGCGCUUCCGGUUAUCGCUUCCGUCAAGUGAGCGAUGACGCGAGUGGCAAGUCGUGCUCAUGGCUGGCUGUGACCCCGCGCACUGGUAUAGUCUACGUGGCCGACGCAAAACAUCUGAGAACCUGCAAUAAGCCUACCAUGGAGUAUGACGUACAAGUCACAUGGCCUGAAGGCGCAGGUCCUCGUCAAGAAGUAUUUACAGUUCACGUAGAAGUUGUAGACGGCGAAGGAAGUGCAGAGACAGAACACUGCGGUAUCCAAUGCGCGGUGCAUCCGACUUCGUCGGACUGUGUCAAGGCAUGCGGUCUUGGCUCAGCAAACGGUCUAUGCCACUGGCGAAAUGGUUCAGCUCGAGCUCCACCGAGCCGAGACUACACCACGUGCACUUCGGAUGAAAGUUUUUGCCCCGACGGAGUCUGCGACGAGUUGGAGACAAUGCAACCUACACUGUGUCCACAGGACUGUGCUAAACACGUAGUAGGCGAGGUUGUGGAAGGCGUCUUAGGCCGAGGGAUCCAUAAGGCUGUUGGACUGUGCACCUGCGCAACUACGCAGACCUGCACGUGCGGUAGUGACGGCCACAUCCAGACCGAAAAGGACAAAGACAAAGCAAUCAAAGACGCCGGCAAGCCUCCAACUUCUAGCCUUCCAGGAACUGCACCUGACAUCGAGCCCUUGGCGGGCGACUUUUUUUACCGUUCAGUAGUAGGAGUCGCUGGACCUGCGGGCGUAACAUGCGGUUCUGGAUGCGCGGCCACCUUGCUCCUCGUCAGCUGUAGCGCUGCAGGGGCAGCCGGCGUAGCGAUGCUCACCUUUCUCAGGCGGCGACGGCAACGACGGCAGCAAAUGGCAGCUGGCGCUAAGCACAAGCUGGUCGGAAACUCCAGGGUGUCGUUAACGCCGGCGUCGGCUGUUACUGCUGCGGUGCCUUCGGAUUACGUGCAUGACGUCAGAACUGAUUCGCAAGCAGCUAUGGAGGCGGCAGCGCUGGCGAAGGUGGACGCCAAGUGGGAAUUUCCGAGAGAGCAUCUCAUCUUCGAAAAGACGCUGGGCGAAGGGGAGUUCGGCAAAGUGGUUCGCGCUCAGGCCUUCCACGUUGGUGACAUCCCUGGGUACACAACCGUCGCAGUGAAGAUGCUCAAGGGAAAUGGAACAGCCGCAGAGGAACAAGACCUCCUUUCGGAGUUCAACAUGCUGAAAGAAGUCAACCAUCCGAAUGUGAUAAAGUUACUCGGGGCUUGUACGCUGAAAGGAGGGCCUCUGUACGUGAUCGUGGAAUAUGCUGAACACGGCUCGUUGCUGAACGUGCUCCGUCGGAGCCGAAACGUGACGACGGACGAAUCGCCAGAGACGCACAUCUCAGCCGUCUGUAACCCAACUUACAUGUCUGACGGGACCCAUACUGCACCACCGACAGCGGCGAGACCAAAGCUCGGUCAAAGAGACCUCCUAUCCUACGCGUGGCAAAUAGCUAAGGGCAUGGCAUACCUCACUGACAUCAAGCUUAUCCACCGUGAUCUAGCAGCGAGGAACAUCCUGAUCGCCGCUGGAAACAUGGUGAAGAUAUCGGACUUUGGCUUGAGCAGAGACGUCUACGAGGGGGAUACGUAUCUCAAGAAAAGCAAGGGCAGAGUACCUGUCAAGUGGAUGGCACUGGAGUCUCUGGAGGACCACAUCUACACGACCAAGAGCGACGUGUGGUCCUACGGCAUCGUCCUGUGGGAAAUAGUGACAUUAGGUGCAACACCAUACCCAGGCGUUAGCCCAGAACACUUGUUCCAACUCUUGAAACAGGGAUACCGCAUGUUCCAGCCGGAGAACUGCUUAGAUGAGAUUUACCAGAUAAUGCGGUCCUGCUGGCGUAGCAGACCGCAGGAGCGGCCAUCGUUCAAGGAACUCACGCAGAAGUUUGAAAUGAUUCUUCAAGAUUCCGCUCUGUAUCUAGACUUGAACAGGACACGCAACAGGGACUACUACAACUUAGAAUUUCGGCCACCUUCCACCCUUUACCCAGGGGAAGAUGACAGUGCGUCGAUUAACAGCGCGGCAGACGACGAGCCAUUGCAAUACGGCGAAAUGGACUUCGCUUCUGACACUAUCUGCCCACUAGCAGAGGACACCUUCCCGUGCCAGGAAGAACGCAUCAGUCUUCUCGCUGACACGAUGGUGCUAGCAGACACUCAGCAAUCCCCUUCGUGCGCUACUACCUGCCUCCACGAGGGACCCCGCGUCCCCAUUGGAACUGCCAGUCAAGUAUGACGACAAACACGAGUCGCACUCCGAUGGUGUACCGAACACGUGACAUCUUUCUGAAGAUGAACUAUGGUCGGGACGCACCCUGGACGUCUAGAGGACGUCUACACAAUCUCUUGUCAUCAAGGCUUUUACCAUUUGCGGAGUGUUUGGACGGUGUAGUGAGGACCGCGCAGCGAGAUCGGGACUCGUGGGUUUCUGUGCGUUGAGUCAAUUAGCCUUUUGCUGCUGUUGCGUGUAACGGUGGACUGCUGUGCUCGGAGCGAUUGAAGACAACUGACGUCAUAUAUCAGCAUAAAAGUAAACUACAGGUGAAUGGACAGAUGCUUCACGGUACUGCGCAGGGUCUUCUGAGGAUCCACAUGAACAGGAAGAACUCCGCUUUGUCUUCGACAUCCUGACAUUUAAUAGCAUAUGUUCCGCGUCUGGUAUUUUCUUCUCCAGCAUCCAACUCCUGAACAACCGGGUUUCUGUGAACGCGCCAAGUAAUCAAGCUUUUGAAACAUCGUUUAGAAAGUCUACACGCUAGAAGGGAGAUUAAGGACGUGGCCAACAUAUACGAUAAUUUAAGGAAAGCGUUGGUGCUAGACAACAGUUACGUGAAGUCUUGUGGGAAAAAAAGUGAGAAAAGACAGCAAUAUGUGGUACCUAGAGGUUUUUUCAGAGUCCCGUAGUGUUGGGGACCACGCAGGUAUACAUGCUGGUGCGUUUUUGAAAGAGUGCCUCCCUCCUGAACGCGUGUUAACGUAUGGUUGCUUGUGUGAACUUAGGAUGGUCGAACAAAACUUUUCAAAGUAGGCGACAAAGUAGCAGUAUUAAUACGUUGACACAAUGCGAGCGUUCUCUUUUGUAUUUCUGGUCAUUGACUCUCUUUGCAAACUUACACUUUAUUUAGCGAUAUGUGGUAACUACUUCCCACCGCCGAAGAAUAUUGCGCCAAACCGAUACUUCUCACUGCUUUCAUUUAUACAUUGUCGCGAUCAUCGUAGUGGCACUACGGGCGCUCUAAAUUAUUAGCAUUCUUCACUCACUGAAUCGUUCAGCAUCAUAUCAUAUCUUCCAAGGAGGAAGACAUUGCCACAGCACCAACUCUCUUUUACGUUCAAUUAUUUCACUGUUUCCACUUUGUUUGCAUGUGUGGGUCCGUCAACGAUAACGUUGACCAUUGCGCAUUCAUCCUUCAAUUCGUUUGAAAUGAAGAAGCUGGGCUAAAGAGUUCCGACCGCCUUUAUAACGUGACGCUGUCGUUUCUGCUCCGUUCUGACGGUUGCCAUAGUGACGUUUUAUCGUUACUGCAUGGGUGCGUCGCGUUGUUUUGAGAGACAGGAUGUGAGCCUAUAAACUAGAACAAACAAAAAAAUCAUACGAGGGAAGCAUCUGUGAUGUUAUCUGUAAGCGAUAAUGCCCGCUACCCCAGAUGGCACAAAGUAAUGGUAUUUUCCUGUUAUUCCCUUACGUCGACCAAUUCCGCAAGAUGAUCCACAAGACAUUUGUUAUAUAACGUUACGGGAGACGCACCAACGUAGAGUAUAUCGUGGAUUGGGUAUGCUGACACAAUCAAAGUUCAUUGUUAUGUGUUGUUUAUGUACAAUUCACAAAAGCUUGCUGGGAGUUUUUGUUUUCAGCUGCAUAGUGCAGAAAAAUCAAAAGUGUUCUCUCGUGAUUGUGAUAGAAUGCCACGGAAGAACAAACGGAGCGCACACAAAAAUGCUGACAUGAACUCUUAUAGAUUAUCACUCAGAAUGAUUUCGAGUAAUGAUGUACCUGAAAUGUACCAAAGACAUGUACAGUAUUCGCUGUUCAAGAUUGAGGAGCUCGGGGUCUCAAAAGGGAAGGACACUGCGAAGCCCAAAUGAGAUAUUCGCUAGAUACACCAAACGGAACAUUUCAUUUUUUUGUAAAGAUGCCACACGUUAAAACGUCAGUAACGUAAACAGCAUUUUGAUAAUGAGCUAUAGCAGUAGCCGACAUCCAAACAAGAACGCGAUAAAACGUGUCUUCGAAUUUUGUGUCCUCGAGUUCUUCAAUAGAUGUUUCAUACAUUCCGACUCGUCAACGCAUCUUUGAAAACUACGUGAACUUCAAUGUUUUAACUGAAUCUCUAUGUGCAUGCUUCUGUUUACUGCAUGCAAUGCCGUCCUUCUCGUAUGUAUUGAUAACAAUGUUUGUUCACGGAACACCAUACGAGCAACCCUUGCAGUUCCUGUGCUCUGGCACACUCCUUCAUGGUUUAAGUUUCUACACAGAAUUUGCUUGGUAACCAUAGGAAUGCUUCCUACCUGUAAAAAGUCGCGCUUUGUGACGUUUUUUUUUUUCUUUUUUAGUAGGCUGUUUUUGGCGUGAAACGAAAUCCUUGCCACACGAAUGAGAUAUACUUACUGUUUUCAUAAAACAUGGUUACAAAUAUGGAGGAACUUCCACAGUGAGCAGAAAUUUAUUGAAAUUCUUAACCGUGAAUACUUCCCCUCAUGAGUAUAACGCGCCGUUUGUUCUUGAAAAUUUUAACAAAAAGUUUUUUCGACGGUAUGUGCAUAAUCCUAUCGCCUGAUUUAUAAUCGAAAAAACACAAAGCGCAGCUAAAGGAAACAUCCGCAAGCCUGUGUUUGUUGAAAGGUGCUAUAGGUCAUCGCAGAGGAGCACGUCGAACUAGGUCGAACAAAUAUGGAGGAACAGUAUUAUAUAGAAAGUAAUCGCAGGAACUGCGUUCCAUUCGAGGAUGGCGAUCACCGUAUACCUUUGAAAUGUGUAAUAUCUCUUCGUCCGCGGGUACGUUUUGUUGGUAUAGAUCGAGUUACUUUGUUUCACCAUGCCUUACUUGUUGAAUGUGCAAUAUUUUUCAACACCAUUAGGUCGUCGCUUUUCGUUUCUUAUUUUUUUCAUUGUCAUUCCAUGAGCUGCAUGUCAUUGUGAACGCGCUUUUGAAUGCUUUGUUGCGAUUCCGUGCAUGAAACGCGCUGGAAGAAACGCGAACUUCCGAAGCUGUUACUGUAAAUAUGUGAGAAAGUUAACUUGUAGCCUACAUUAGGCCAAUAUACGAAGGAUUCAAGCUUGG